AUGUUGUUGAAUUGGGAGUUGGUGAUAAGGUUCCUGCUGAUAUGAGAGUGGUAUCUCUCAGGACAUCGACAUUGAGAAUUGAACAGAGCUCGCUGACCGGAGAGAGCAUGCCUGUGAUUAAAGGUACAAAUCCGGUUUUAAUUGAUGAUUGUGAAUUGCAGGGCAAGGAAUGUAUGCUUUUUUCUGGGACGACGGUUGUGAAUGGUGGUUGUGUGGGCGUUGUAAUUAGCACUGGCAUGAAUACAGAGAUUGGAAAGAUUCAGACCCAAAUACAUGAAGCUUCUCUUGUUGAAAAUGACACUCCUUUGAAGAAAAAACUCGAUGAGUUUGGGAGUAAAUUAUCGACUGCAAUUGGAUUGGUUUGUCUUGUGGUGUGGGCAAUUAAUUACAAGAAUUUUAUCACCUGGGAUUAUGUUGGAUUUUUCCCGAGUAAUUUUAGAUUUUCAUUUGAGAAAUGCACUUAUUAUUUCAAAAUAGCUGUGGCGCUUGCUGUGGCAGCAGUUCCUGAAGGUCUUCCUGCUGUGAUUACUACUUGUUUAGCUCUGGGAACCAGGAAAAUGGUGCAAAACAAUGCAAUUGUCAGGAAGCUUCCAAGUGUGGAGACUUUAGGAUGUACAACUGUUAUAUGCUCUGAUAAAACUGGAACACUCACAACAAAUCAAAUGUCAGUGAGUGAAUUUUUCACACUUGGGGGAAAGACAACAAUGCACAGGGUAUUUCACGUUGAAGGUACCACCUACAACCCCAGAGAUGGAGGCAUUGCUGAUUGGAACUACUAUAACAUGGAUGCAAACCUGUUUAUCUUGGCACAAAUAUGUGCACUGUGCAAUGAUGCUGGUAUAUUCUGCAAUGGUCACCUCUUCCGCUCCAGUGGUUUGCCCACUGAGGCCGCUCUCAAGGUUCUGGUUGAGAAGAUGGGAGUUCCAGAUACAAAAGCAAGGAGUAGAAUCCGUGCAGCACAGCUUGCAUUUGAGCAUUCCAUUGAUCACAGUACAGCUAAAUUAGGUUGCUGUGAGUGGUGGAAAAAGCGGUCAAGAAGAGUUGCUACCCUGGAAUUCGACAGGGUUCGGAAAUCGAUGAGUGUCAUUGUCCGUGAACUUGCUGGAAAUAACCGCCUUCUAGUCAAGGGAGCCGUUGAGAGUGUGGUGGAGCGGAGUUCCUUUGUGCAGCUUGCAGAUGGAUCAGUUGCUGAGAUGGACAUGCCAUGUAGGCAAUUGAUAUUAACAAAACUUCACGAGAUGAGUUCAAAAGGUUUAAGGUGCUUGGGCUUUGCAUAUAAAGAUGACUUGGGCGAGUUCUCUGACUAUUAUGCUGAUACCCAUCCUGCUCACAAAAAGUUGCUUGAUCCAUCUAACUACAGUGAAAUUGAAAAUAAUAUGGUUUUUAUUGGGGUUAUUGGUCUCCGUGACCCUCCUCGUGAAGAAGUUCCGAAGGCAAUUUUAGAUUGCAGAGGUGCAGGCAUCAAAGUAAUAGUUAUAACUGGUGAUAACAAGUCCACAGCUGAAGCUAUCUGUUCUGAAAUUGGUCUAUUCUCUGACUUGACAAGUCUUAAAGGGAGAAGCUUUACUUGUAAGGAGUUCAGUUCUCUUCCUUUUGGUAAACAAGUUGAGAUAUUAUCAAAGCCUGGAGGAUUAGUGUUUUCCCGGGCAGAGCCCAAGCAUAAACAAGACAUUGUGAGGCUAUUGAAGGAAAGCGGAGAGAUUGUUGCCAUGACUGGAGAUGGUGUCAAUGAUGCACCUGCACUAAAACUAGCUGAUAUAGGAAUUUCCAUGGGUAUUACUGGAACUGAGGUUGCAAAGCAAGCUUCUGAUAUGGUCCUAGCUGAUGAUAAUUUCAGUACUAUUGUUGCAGCUGUUGCAGAGGGGCGCUCUAUAUAUAAUAACAUGAAAUCUUUUAUCAGGUACAUGAUAUCAUCAAACAUGGGAGAAGUUAUCUCCAUAUUUCUUACUGCUGCAUUGGGAAUACCUGAAUGUCUAAUUCCAGUCCAGCUUCUUUGGGUCAAUCUAGUCACUGAUGGCCCCCCAGCAACAGCCCUUGGUUUUAAUCCUCCUGAUCUUGAUAUAAUGCAAAGAUCACCACGAAAUAGCGAUGACUCUCUAAUUAAUUCAUGGGUGCUCUUUCGUUACAUGGUUAUCGGCUCUUAUGUAGGUUUAGCCACUGUCGGUAUCUUUAUAUUAUGGUACACACAACCCUCCAUUUUGGGAAUUGAUCUCGCAAGUGAUGGGCACACCAUGGUCUCCUUUGCAGAGCUCCAGUCAUGGAGAGAAUGCCCAACAUGGGAGGAUUUCUUUCCAUCCCCAUUCUUGGCAGGCAACAAUGUAGUAUUUUUCUCAGACCCUUGUGAUUACUUUACAGUGGGAAAGGUUAAAGCAAUGACUCUAUCACUGUCAGUUUUGGUAUCGAUUGAGAUGUUUAAUUCCCUCAAUGCUCUAUCAGAAGAAAACAGUUUACUUCAGAUGCCUCCAUGGACAAACCCCUGGCUUCUUAUGGCCAUGGCCAUUUCAUUUGGAUUGCAUCUUGUUAUACUCUAUGUGCCCUUCUUGGCCAGUGUCUUUGGUGUUGUUCCUUUGAAUUUUAGUGAGUGGUUUCUUGUUAUCUUGGUUUCUGCUCCUGUGGUUGUUAUAGAUGAGGUGCUCAAGUAUAUUGGCAAGAAGCAAAGGUGGAGAACAGACAAGUCCAAAACCUCAUAAAAGCCUGUCAGAAUGUUCACUAAGUUGUGGAUCUUGUCUUGCAGAUGCAUGUGCUUGUGAUUGCACAGGAUGCUAUUGUAAAUGCUUUGAAGCAGAGUAUGUUGGCUCAUUUCAGAGGUGAGUCUGUUGCUGAGAAUUCAUGGCCAAGUUUCAAGGCCUGUUGUGCUUGGAUUUUGCAUGCAAAGAUGACUUCUCUUUCUUAAUGUUGCUUGAUCCAGCCAACUUCUCUGAGAUGGAAUCUGGAGCAUUUGUGUCUAAGAGUGAGUGAUCUCUUGAUUUUUUGUUCAUUCAUGCAUCUCUGUUUUUGCUGGUUUCUGUUAAUUCCGAUCUGUUACUCUGUGACCAGACCACAAAUGUGAUCCAUUUCGUAAGCUUUGAUAAGCAUACACAUUCUAUUUGAAUUGGACAAUAGUACCAUUCUUAUCCAAUGAUGAACAGGACCACCGCCAAAGCUAUCUGUUGUGAAAAUGUGCUUUAUUAUCUAAUAAGUCAAUAAGAAGGGUUUAAUAUUAGAUGAAUGGUCUAGUGGGGGUUUACUAUUAGAUGAAUGGUCUAAUGGUAUUAUUUUAUUUUUUUAUUUUUUUAUUUUUUUCCCAAGAU